AUGAUGUCACCAUAUUCGGAAAACUCCAACACAUCACCCAGUGAAAUUUUACCCCAAGAAUUUACAAAAUUGCCCUUAAAACUAUCCAAACCGACAGCAAUGCCACCAGCUUCACCAUUCCUUAUGCCAGCCGAAUUCUAUAAGAAUUUAUUUGCAUCGGCUGUUUUGCAUGCCAACAGUGGCAGUAGAUCUGAUGCUGCCACACAACAUUUGCAAUAUAAUGCCAGCCAUCAACAACAACAACAACAAUUGUCGCAUUCAAGUAAACACAUCGAUGAGGAUACGCGUCAUUUUAAGUUUCCUCAUCAGACACCUGUUGCCGCUGAUGUUGGAAGCAACAGUUUUUCACGCAAUUUUUUGUUAUCCUCAUCGUUGGUGGCAAAUGCAGCUGCAGUGGCAGCAACCAUAUCUGCUGCCGAAGAUGCCACAGAGACGACAAAGAAGUUUUUACAUUGCAACGAGAAGAAGAAACCAACAACAAAUUAUAUCUGGUCAACCGUAAAUUCGGAAAGUGAAACAAAUAAUAAUAACAGUAUUGAGCCAACAUCAACAACAACGUUAAAUCAAAUACCAAUUAACGGUACACCAUUAACGGGUAGCGCGGCAACACCGCCCACACCUCCCCCGGAUACACAAUUGAAUUUAGAACAAACAACGAAAUCUGUCUAUCACAAUCCGCAUAACUCCUUGAAGACAAUUGCAGACAGUGGACAAUUAAUACAAAUUGCCAACCACGAAGACGAAGAGGAAGAGGACGCAAGCGAAACAAUUCUUAACGAAAAUAGUCGGCGAGGAGUUGUUUCAACAACGUCUGCCCAUCACUUAACGCACAAGUCGACAAAUAAAUCAAAACAUUUAGCGCAGGCUGCUGCAAAUACAGAGCACGGUCAGCAUCAUCAUCCAUUGAGCAAUCAUCAUUCCCAUCAUCAUCAUCAGCAUCAUUCAACUCAUCACGGCAGUAACAAUAGCAGCACCAUGCCCAUAGGUGGAGUACAAGGUCAAAAUCCAACACAAGGUUUGGUGCAUUGGAUGAGUGCCGUAAUGGCAGAGCACAUGACCGGACAGACGCAUCAUGACCCAACGGCGGUCGGCAUGCAUUAUAUGUGGAAUGGCAAUGUCGAUCAUAAUAAGGAAAUUGGUGAUCACAAUUUUUGGCCCCCAACACCACCAACCACUGCAACAGCUACAUGUCAUCAUUCUAUAGACAUGAAACCUUCUUUUCAGACCAAAAUGAAUGAUCACCACAACAAUUUACAAAAAGGUCAUUUCAUAGAUGACAAUCGUUUGGAUCAUCAUGCGGUGACACCACAAGGCGGAAGUGUGUUAGGCUCCUCUGGUGCGGGUCAUCAUGGCAAUCAUGUUGGUCAUCACAGUUCGGCGGCAUCAGCUCUACUUGUUGUUCCUCAACCAAUCAAUGCAACAAAAAUUGGUGCCUCCCUGGGGGGAGGUACGACUGGUACGGGUCGUAAAUAUCAAUGCAAAAUGUGUCCUCAG